UUUACUAGCUCGAAAGAUAUCGAAUGGAGAAAGGAGGCGAGUGUGAUGCGUAAUACAUCGUUUGUAGGCAUAAAUACCGCUGUAGCAACUAUUGUACUUGUGUUUUUUCUAGAAUCACAUCCUCAAGCUUUACUUUACGUUGUGACGGUCGCUAGACAGGUUGUCACGCCCUCAGCUAUUGCUGGAGUAUCUUCCGCUCGGAAGCCUUGAGAAACAAUAUGGCGAACAAGUCAUGUCUAGGCGCGAUGUUUUGGCUCUGCUUCGUCAAAGCUCUUCAGCUUUGGCAUACCUUCAUGAUCAGAAGCCACUUAUUGUCCAUCGAGACGUCAAGCCGGAGAACAUUCUCGUCUUAUCUCGCAGCCCAUUCCACAUCAAACUAUCAGACUUUGGCCUAGCAAAGGCAGGUAGCUUUUUGGAAACUAAUUGCGGCACGCCCCGUUAUAUUGCUCCUGAGAUCUCUCGCUCAGACUAUGGCGAGAGCCGUAGAUACACAUGUGCCGUCGAUAUUUGGUCUCUUGGCGUUGUUGUCCUCGAGUACGGUUAUAGUCUUCCGAGAUAUGAUAGGAAUUCACGACUAUCCCGGGCUGAACAGAUCAUCGAAGGGUUGAAGAAGUGGAAGUCGGACACUGAUGGCGUGUUCAAUGUCUUGUCGGGCAUGCUGGUCAUAGACCCAAAGCAGCGGUUGUCAGCUAAAGAGUGUUUGGAAAGAGCACAGGGGCUAGAGGGGUCUCAAACACCGACUCAAACACCGAGACCAAUGCCUUCUGAGAGACAGCAGCGUGAGGUUGAACCGCCGAAACCAACGGCCAUUGACCCCACUGCCCUCAAGCGUCCCGUCUCACCUAAGCUUGAAGGGGAUAUACGACAGCAACGCACCUCACGUCCUAUCCAGGAUGCUGAAGUCCAGGGACACAGCAAGCCAGGCGCCCAGGAACACGCCAGGCCAGACGUCCCGGGACACGCCAGGGACGAGGUCCCGCGUCAUACUGACGCGCUGACAACUACAGAGAAGCGAAAGAGAGUAACAGGGACAUUAUCUUCAUCCGAAAGACGCGCAAAACGCACUGUUACAUAGAGUUCACUGGGUCACCUACAAUAUGACGAACCCAACUUUGCUCCAGAUUCGGAGAAUGAUCUAAACCAUGCUGUAUAUAU